AUGGCAGAUCGCGUCUCUGCAUCGCCAUCCCCCCCGCCACAAGCACCCAUCGCAACCACCCCUGGCCCCCGAGCGGCCGCAUUACAAAAGGUGUUUGCGGGUGCGCUCGCGUCUUCAAUCAAGGCAAAUUCAUAUGCCAAUUUUAGCGCGUGCUUUCCCACACCGGCAAAAUAUUGUCCUACUGCCAUGGGAGGGGUGUGGAAACAGUUGAACACCAGGCUUGAGGAGGAGUGCACACGCGAUUUCGAAAAGAUUCUCGGGGAAAGACAAGUUGUGGAGGGGCUGAAUCAGUGGGACAACAUGAUCGAGGAAGCACGCAGGAGGAAACACCGAGCAGUUGAAGGCGAAGAACCUACGCGACCAAUGCAUACUCUUUCAGCCGACGAGCUCUACACCGCACACCUUGCCCCUUACUUUCAGCAGGCGACAGCUGACCUCAAUUCCAAAUUGCAGCGGACGCAGCAAGAAAACGUACAAAUGAUGGCCACGAUCGACCAACAACGAGCUGAAAUCGAGCGACUAUUGAGCGGCUUGGAUACGGCAGUCAAGGAUAUCGAGGACAGUGUCAAAGCAAUGCAAUCGCACGAAGAAGCUGGUGUCAGCGGUCUAAGAACUGACGUGUGGCAAAUGGAACAUGAAGUUGCGCUUGCGCGGUGA